AUGAAUGUCCUCCAAUUGCGAAGAAAAUUUCCUCAGCUGGCAGAUGAAGUCACCUCGCUAUCCGGCAACUUCCAACGUCUCGACAUCGACGGCAAGGGAUACUUGGACGAAGCUACCGCCAUCAAGGCCACUCAGCAGAGUGAGAAUCAGCCGUACGAUGUCGUGCGACAGGCUCUCAGGGAAGUUGAGCUGGACUCUUCGCGACGCGUAGAGCUUGAAGAUUACCUCGGACUCAUUACCAAACUUCGCGACUCCUCGCCAGCUCAGAAACGACUUUCCACGGGCCUCCAGCCAGCCAGCCCCAGCGGCGUUGUAGCUCAACGCACUGGCGGACUCGGGCAAGGACACGUAUCCAAGAGCAGCGUCGGCGGCAAGAUUCAGGUCCAAGGGUCCAGUGCAAAUGUCACCCACACGAUUGAUGAGGAUGAAAGGACCGAGUUCACUCGCCACAUCAACGCCGUCCUGGAUGGUGACGCUGAUAUCGGCAACCGUCUUCCCUUCCCGACCGAUACCUUCCAAAUGUUUGAUGAGUGCAAGGAUGGCUUGGUCCUCGCCAAGCUGAUCAACGACAGCGUGCCUGACACCAUUGACGAGCGAAUUCUCAACAUAGCCGGCCGCAAGACCAAGUCUCUCAAUGCGUUUCAAAUGACCGAGAACAACAACCUCGUCAUUGAAUCAGCCAAGGGUAUUGGCUGUUCUGUCGUCAACAUUGGUGCAGGAGACAUCAUCGAGGUCCGUGAGCACCUCAUCCUCGGUCUCAUCUGGCAGAUUAUUCGACGAGGUCUUCUUAGUAAAAUCGACAUCAAACUCCAUCCUGAACUGUAUCGCCUCUUGAGAAAAGGCGAGGAGCUUGAGAAGUUCCUUCGUCUGCCUCCCGAGCAGAUCCUGUUGCGAUGGUUCAACUACCAUCUCAAGGCCGCCAACUGGCCCAGGAGUGUUGGUAACUUCUCCGAUGACAUCAAAGAUGGUGAAAAUUAUACUGUCCUCCUCAGCCAAAUCGGUCGCGAGUACGGAUGCACCCGUGCCCCCCUCAAUACCACAGACAAUCUCCAACGUGCCGAACAAGUCCUUCAAGAAGCUGACAAACUUGGCUGCCGUAAAUUCUUGACCCCAAAAUCUCUUAUUAGUGGUAACUCCAAGCUCAACCUCGCCUUCGUCGCCAACCUCUUCAACAACCAUCCUGCUCUCGAACCCAUCACAGAAGAAGAAAAGGUCAAGGUCAAAGUGGAAGAUUUCGAUGCCGAAGGCGAUCGCGAAGCCCGCGUAUUCACCCUCUGGCUCAACAGCCUUGACGUACGACCCCCCGUCGUAUCCUUCUUCAACGACGUCGGCAAUGGAUAUGUGCUCCUGCAAGCCUUCGACAAAAUCAUCAAAGGUAGUGUAAACUGGCGCGGUGUGCGCAAACCCAGGUCUCUCGACAAUGACCCCACCAAGAACAACAGUCCACAGAUUGUCAAUCCCGAUGACGACGAGUCAGAAAGCGAGCACUUGGAGAGAAUCCUCGACAUGGAGCUCUUCCAGGCUCUGCAGAAUACAAACAAAGUCAUCGAUCUCGGUAAACAGCAUGGCAUGAGCCUCCAAAACACUGAAGGCUCCAAUAUUACAAGAGGUGACAGAACACUUACCUUGGGAUUCGUAUGGCAGCUUAUGCGAAAGGACAUCAACGUGACACUCUCUUCACUCGCUCAGAAGCUCGGUAAGAAGGAAAUGACCGAUGAGAUCAUGGUUGACUGGGCAAACAAGAUGGCUCACAAGGGCGGCCAAAAAUCGUCCAUACGCAGCUUCAAGGACCGGUCCAUCUCAUCCGGCGUGUUUCUGCUGAAUGUGCUCAAAGGCAUGGAGAGCAGCUACGUCGAUGACGAACUUGUCACGGCAGGUGACAAUGACGAGAGGGCCUACAUGAACGCCAAGUUGAGUAUCAGCAUUGCCAGAAAGAUGGGGGCGACCAUUUGGUUGGUCCCCGAGGAUAUUUGCCAAGUCCGUUAUAAAUUGGUGACUUCUUUCGUUGCUUCUCUGAUGGCGACACAUGAAAAGUUGUAA